GUCCCUCAGGGCCACCACCUAGACCCAGUCCCCUGAAGUGUCAUCAUGUCCCGCGGUGAGCGCUGACUUUAGGCCGACAUCAGCACUGCCCUCUGUUUUCUGCCCUCCUGCAGCUGCAGGGGGAGCGGAGUCACCCUGCUGGAAACCAAACACCCGCCCGCGUCCGUGCCCUCACCCCAGUGUAAAGUGCUGACAGGCAAAUAUUUGCUGCGGCCCUAAUCCCACUUUGCCCUUGUGUCGGCAAAUCUGCGGCGGAUGGAUAGGGAGAGGGUUUUGCUGGCACACGGAGCAGCUGGGGCUGUCUCCAGAGCAGAUGCCGGGUUUGCAGCCGGCCCUCCUCCUCCGGCUUAUGUUGAUCCUGGUAAUCCAGAGUGAGCAAGGAGAAGGAAAAAAACCCAAGGUUUUAGUGAAAUGGUUGUCUGCUGCCUUUGGACACGGGAUUCCACUCGGGCAGAGGUGCUGCGGUGGUGAGUCGGGCUGUGGAGGGGCUGUGCCGUGUUCUGGAAGCUGGUGAAUCCCCUGAUGCUGCAGCUGCCCCAGCACAGGGCCCCGUUUUCUGUCCGGGUCACUGCAUCCAGCCUGCUGCUGACUUUUGCAAGGUGUCACAGAGAAAAAUAAUCAUCAUCAACCCAAUGGUCUUCAAGGAUAUGAACUCUGCAGUUUUUAUCUAGAUGGAUGAAAAGGUUACCAGCCCAGGAGGGGAGUUCCUUUUGUUUCCAAGAUGGCAGCCACGAGUGGCGAAAGCCAGCUGCAGCGGAUUAUCAGAGACUUGCAAGAUGCAGUGACUGAAUUAAGUAAAGAAUUUAAAGAAGGAGGCGAACCGAUCACAGACGACAGUGUCAACUUGCAAAAAUUCUCCUACAAGCUUGAGUACCUCUUACAGUUUGACCAGAAAGAAAAAAGCACAUUGCUGGGGAACAGAAAAGACUACUGGGAUUAUUUCUGUGACUGUCUGGCAAAAAUCAAAGGAGCUAAUGAUGGAAUCCGCUUUGUCAAGUCUAUUACAGAACUACGAACCUCUCUUGGAAAAGGAAGAGCAUUUAUUCGUUAUUCCCUGGUUCACCAAAGGCUAGCAGACACCUUGCAGCAAUGUUUUAUGAACACCAAAGUGACCAGUGACUGGUACUAUGCAAGAAGUCCAUUUCUGAAUUCCAAAAUGAGUUCUGACAUUGUGGGUCAACUCUAUGAGCUCACUGAUGUUCAGUUUGACUUGGCAUCAAGAGGCUAUGAUUUAGAUGCUGCUUGGCCAGCAUUUGCCAGGAGGACUCUGUCCUCACUUGGAUCUUCAGCAUAUUUAUGGAAGCCCCCAAGUCGCAGUUCCAGCAUGAGCAGUUUAGUGAGCAAUUAUUUGCAGGCACAAGAGUUUCCUUCCAGCCCUGAUGUGAAUAACUCACUAAAUGUUGAACACCUUGAGGGCUACGAAGAGAUGCGUUUAGAACUUGACCAGGCUGAGCUGAGGCAGAGGGAACUUCAAGAUCGUAUUCACCAGCUAGAAAUGGAAAACCAGGAGCUCCAGGCAGCUGUCAGCCUUCAAAAGGAACAAGUACAGGUAGAAAAGGAGAAGAGCAAUAACUACAGUGAGGAGAACUCCCGGCUGACAAAGAUGAUCACAGAGUUACAGAAGCAGUGUGAGGUCUCACACUUCACUCAGAGCACUGUGCAUGACCUGCAGAAGUGCCUACAGUCACUGGAACUGAGUGCAACGGAGCAGCUGAAGGAACACUCAACAAAGGUGGAGCAGCUGUUGACCAGCAAGGAAGAUUGUGCCUCAAAAUUGCAGGUUUCAAAUCAGGAGCUGGAGACCUCUAGGGCUUUGAUUGCUGUGAAGGAUCUUUGCAUUGAUGAGCUUAAAGCCAAGCUGAGUUCCACAGAACAGAAGAACCUCAACCUCCUUGCAAAAGUUGAUGCUGCCUUGGACGAAAAGGGACAGCAAGCCACAGCCCAGUAUGACUCUGCCCUACAAAUACGGGCACUGUUAGAGAAGCUUCAGGAGAUGGAAAAGGAAAAGGCAGAUAUGCAAAGACUCAAUGCUGAACAUGCUUCUCAGCUGAAAGCAGCAAGGGAGGAGCUGAUGCUGAAAGAACAGGCACAGAAGGAACUGGAAUCCAAAUACAGUAGCCUCACUGCUAACUCCAAAGAAGAGAGUGAAAAGCUGACUGGGAGCCUGGAGACCAUGGCAAAGGAAAAGGAUGCACUUCAGGAGGCCCUGACUCUGAAAGGAAAGGAGAUGGCUGAGCUUCAGACCCAGGUAAUGGGGUCGCUGGCUCAGGUGGGUUCACUGGAAAAAAAUCUUGAGGAAGCCAGGAAGGAAAAAGAGAAACUUGAGGAGGAGUAUGGUAGGAGAGAAGGAGCACUGAAGCAGGAAGUCCAGUCACAAGCAGAGCAACUUGAACUACAGGAGGGUCGCUUAACAAAGGUGAGUCAGACUGUGUGUAACCUUCAGGAACAAAACCAGAAACUCAUGUCUGAGAAGGAGCAUCUCAGGCAGAAAGUCAAGGAGCUGGAGGAGCAGAUGGAGCAGCAAAACUCUGCAGUGAGUGAAUUGGAUGAGGAGAGCAGGAAACUGAAAGCAGAGAAUGAGAAUUUGCAGCAGUCUAAGAAGAAGAUGGAAGAGAAGCUGAAAAAUCUGGAAGCUUCUAAAGCUUCCCUAGAAGCUGAUGUAGCCAAGUUGAGAGCCUCUGAGAAACAACUUCAGAGUGAGAUAGAUGAUGCCCUGGUGUCAGUUGAUGAAAAAGAGAAGAAGCUCCGGAGUGAGAACAAACAGCUGGAUGAAGACUUGCAGAAUGCCAGGAGGCAAAGCCAAAUUCUUGAGGAGAGGCUGGAGGCUCUGCAGUCAGAAUAUGAAGAACUAAAGCAAAGAGAAGAGACCUCCAAGGAGUCUUAUGCCUCACUUGAAGCACAACUGAAGAGUGCCAAACAGCAUAGUUUACAAAUGGAAAAAAGCUUGGACACCUUGAAGGAAAGCAAAGAGUGUCUCCAGUUGCAGCUCACACAGAAGGAAGUAGAACUGCAGGGCAUGGAGAGCCAAUGUCAGCAGCUAAGAGCAGAAGCUGAAAGACACAAGAAGAAAGCAGAGACUCUUGAGAUAGAAAAGCUCAGUGUUGAAAAGACAUGCCUUCAUCAGACAAAACUUAUAGAAUCUCUCACAUCAGAAAAGGAAUCAGUGGAAAAACAACAACUACAGCAGGCAGCGUCCCUGGAGAAGGAGGCAAAGGAGUUGGCCUCCAGACUGACCAUGAGUGAAGAGCAGCUGGAGGUCAACAGAGGUGAAGUGUCCAGGCUGCAGGCAGAAGUCCUGGAUCUGCGAGUCAAGCUUCAGCAGGCCACUGAUGAGAGAGAGAGGAUGAGAGGUGAGCUGGCAGUCACUGAGACUGUCUUGAGUGAGCAGAAGACGCUUGUCCAGCAGCUGAAAGAGCAGAGUGAGUCUCUCAACAGAAAUCAUGUGCAAGAACUGGUGGAAUGUAAAGAAAGGGAAGAAAAGCUGAAAAAAGAGCAGGAGAGAGCAGCCCAUCAAAAAGCUGAGCUGGAAGAUAAUUUGAUGAACCUAAAGGAAGAGCUGUCUAAGGUUAAGCUGUAUUUGGAAAAUGCUAGAGUGGAAAACGAAGAAAAUAAAGAUCUCCUCCACAGGACCAACACUGAUAUGGCUGAACUUGGCAUUCAGAUUUGUGCCUUGACCUCUGAAAAAGUGGAUGCAGAAGAGCAAUUGGCCCAGGCCACAGAAAGGUUCAAAGAACUGGAAGAACAGGCAGCAGAGCAACAGGAGAAGCUGAAGCUUGACGUCUCUAAUCUCAGAGAGGAGAACAAGAGCCUGCAAGAGAAAUUAGAGGAGGCUCAAAUGUGUGCCGCAGCUGUCCCAAGUCUGCAAUUGCAGCUGGAGACAAUAAAGAAACAGGCACAGAGUUUCCAAGAGACCAGCCAAGAAGAGCUGUCUGCAAUAAAAUUUCAAAUGAGCACAGAGAUUCUAAAUUAUCAGACAAAAUUCAAGGCUGUCAGUGAGGAGUGUGGGAAAGUAAGAGAGCAACUUGAGGAGCAGAAGCGACAACAGCAUGCAGCGGAGGAAGAGAUUACAGAGUUACAAGCUGCAAACACGAGUUUGUGUAGAAAGUUGGAUGAAGCUAGAGAACAACUGUCAGAAUCAGAAUCUGCUCGGCUGCAGAAGGAAGAGGAAGUGACUUCUCUUAGAGAACUCUUGGAAAGGAUCCAAAAAGAAGCUGAUGAAGCAAAAGAGAAGAUCCUGGAUUACACUGAGAAGCUCAGCAAGGUGGCAGCAGAUAAAGAUAGCAGUGACCAGAAGUUAUUUGCUGAGCUGGAUGACCUGACAAGAACAAAGCAGUUCCUUGAAGAACGUUUAAUAGAACUUAUAAGAGAUAAGGAUGCUUUGUGGCAAAAGUCUGAUGCUCUGGAGUUCCAGCAGAAGCUUAGUGCAGAGCAGAGGUGGCAGGGGGACACAGAAGUUAAUCACUGUCUGGACUGCCAGAGAGAGUUCUCAUGGAUGGUGCGCCGACACCACUGCAGAAUGUGUGGCCGCAUUUUCUGCUACUACUGCUGCAACAACUACAUGGUGACAAAGCUUGGUGGAAAAAAGGAGCGUUGCUGCAGAGCUUGCUUUAAUAAGCCUAGAGUGAUUGUGGACAGUACAGAUGACUCUGGAUCCAGUGCCAACCAGGAAGGAUCACCAGCUUCAUUGGAAUCACCUGUGUCACCAUCUGAGAGGGCUUUUGUUGCAAGUGAAGCCUCUAAACCACCAGAUGAUGCAGCUUUUGAUAUAAUCACUGAUGAGGAGCUGUGCCAAGUACAGGAAUCAGACUCUCUCCACAAUGAAAGUCAGAUAGAAAGAGACUCUCUGGAUCAAAGUGUGACAGACCUAUGUGUUUGCUGGGCUAAGCAGCUGUUAGGGGCUCUGUACAGCCUCCAGUCUCCGUUUCAGGUUUCUGCCUUUCACACAAUUCGAAACAGCACGGGUAAUUCUUCAACUUUCGAUGAAUCUGAAGACUGGCAAGUUGCUCAAGAUGCUGAGAUAUGCUUGUUGAAGUCAGGAGAAAUUAUGGUGAAAUUACCCCUUACAGUAGAAGAGAUCAUGAAUUUUGGAGAAAGCAACAGAGAGCUGUUCAUCAAAUCCAGCACCUACAGUAUAAUUCCCAUCACUGUUACAGAGAUGGGACUAACCAUCAGCUGGAUCUUCUCAUCAGACCCCAAAAGCAUAUCCUUCAGUGUUGUCUACCAAGAGGCCGAAGACACGCCACUGGAUCAGUGCAAAGUUCUUAUCCCUAUGACUCGCUGCAACUCUCAUAAGGAAACUAUCAGAGGACAGGUGAAAGUCAGAAACACUGGAAUCUACACCCUGAUAUUUGACAACACAUUCUCUAGGUUUAUCUCAAAAAGAGUGUUUUAUCACUUGGCUGUUGAGCGACCUGUCAUCUAUGAUGGAAGUGAUUUUCCAUAGCCUUUACUAUACUGUGUAUUUUUAAUUAAAUUUUUAAGAUAUGCUAUUAUUUAUGUACAUGUGUAAGCAUUCUGAUUACCACUGUGUUUGAAGACUUUGAAACUAUGCAAUAGUUCUAAUGCACUUAAGAGGAGAUGUGUACACUAAAAACAGAAGCCUUUUCAGGAACACUAAUGGUUCUGUACUGUGUACAGAUUGCUGAAAAGCCAUGUUGUUUGGUUUAACAGGUCAAUAAUAACCAAUUUUUUUUCAGUGGGGAGAAAAAUAAGCGUGUGGGUAUCUAAAUGCAAACUGAAAUUCUCUGCUGAAAAUUGAGUGAUUUUUUCUUCCAAAAAUAUCCUUCAAAAGGAAAUGUAAAGAAAAAUGCCUAUUUUGACCUCUUCACUGAGGUGUAAACAUAACCAUCUCUGUUCUGCUGUACCACUCUUACAGUCAGAGCAGCAAUUAUGCAAUACUUCAGUCUUCACAAUUAUUGUAAUCCAUCUAGAAUUUUUUAUCUUUUCCAAGUUUUAUAAGCAGCAAACCAUAGGAGUUUUAUAUAUUUUGGGCUAAGAUUUGGUAAGUCUUAACUGGCUCUUUCCAAUGCUUUGGCACUGAAUACCAGUUACACAAGAAUAAGCACGAAGCAGCAACUCCUUUCACUUUGGCUCACCGUGUUCUGUACGUUGGCCCACAGAACCCAGUUCCUAUGGUGAGCACCAGUGGCAGAACACAGAACAUCCCCUGUGGAAUAAAGUUCUGCUCACUGGGUGAUACUGGGAAGAGGAGCAUUCCUUUUUCCUGCCUUAGCACCUUAGUCAUCAGCCUUCACAGGAAAGCACAGUUUCUGAGGAGAUCAGCAACGUCUCUCUCUCUCUAGACCAAGUGGAAGGCAGCAAUAAUGUUUGAACAGGUCUCAAAAUGUCCAUCCAAAAUGGAAUUCAUAUCCAGGCCUGGUGAGCUCUCCACCCAGUGGUGUUAGUGCAUUCUGUCCGUUUCCUAAGCCUUGCACUUGCCCUAACCUAUUGCUAGCUUUCCAUCUCAGAUUUGUGGGCUGUUACACUGCCUUUUAAGGGAAGACUGCGUUCUUGCUUAUACAAAAUUUCUAUGCAAACCAUCUGCUUUCCAUAUAGAAUUUCAGCUUUUUGUCAAAAUACCCGAAAGUGGAUUUUUCUGUACAAAAAAACCUGUCUUCCAAUAGAAUGGCAAAACAUUUGGCAGGAGAAAGAAGAAAAGCUCUUUCUCCCAACCAGCCCUCCUCGUAAUUAAAGUGUGUCUGAUUUCUCAUAUUACUGUUCUCCCAAGAAACCUCAGACCUGAAAGGUUUUAGUGCAGCAGUUGGUAGAAGACCAGCAAAACCUGUGAGGAACCCUGUAGAGACUUGAUGCCAGCUGUAGCUGACAUACAGGGGUCCUGGUGGGAGACAGGAAAUAAAGCAUGAAGGGAAAGAAAAAAAAGGGCAGGCAUAAACUGCAGCAAAUGGUUUGGGGAGAGGAAAGGGGCAAACUUGUAAAAGCAAGGAGAGGGAAUAGGAGGGAUGAGCUCAGGCAGGGAAGGUGGUCAGGAGAUGCCGGCUGGUGUUUAUGUUUUGCUGGUCCAAUCCAAUACCCAUAAGGGAUCUCCCACCCCAAAGGACUGGUUGUUUAAAAGGUGGAGAUCACCAACCAAGUGUUGGACAUUUACACAGGAGCAGCUGAGGCAGAGGGAAAUUUCUGAUCAUAGAAAAGAAAAUAAUUGCAGUUAAAGCUAAAGGUUGCUCAUCAUUUAUUCCAGUUGUUAACAAUCUAUAAUACAGUGAUCCUGAAAAAGAUUGUGAAAGAAUGACUACUUUUCAUGGAGCACCUAGGAUUUAGGUCUCUAGCUCAUCAAUAGCGUUCCCUUGCCUUCAGCUGCCUUUUUCCCCAUGGUGGUGGUGUGCUCCCAACCCUCUGCCAGGCAGAGUGGUCAGUGGAAGGUGCAAGCCCCUGAAGGCUGCAGUGUAGUUAAGCCCUGACCUGGUUGUGUGCAUGAAAAUGAGAUGGACAAGAGGCUGAUGUGGGCAAUAAACAGCAAUAAAUGGUGUGGAUCAGUUCACGAAUUACAGGUUAUUUCAAUCUUGAAGCUAUGUUUAUAUUUAAUUAGGCAAGAAGAUAUUAUUUAUUGCUUAAAAAUGGAGUACUGUGUACCAUAUGCUAUGCAAUUUCACUGAGCUGUUACUGAAGUCUGCUGCAGUUUUCUUUUAAGCUUUUAAGUGUGGUUUUUAAAAACAUUUUGCUGUUGUUUACUUAGAAUACUAAUUUUACUUAGAAUCCCUAACACCAGGGGUAUCUUUCUAACAUGCCAAAUGUAAGGUAAAGGGACACUGUCAAGUAUCUUCAGCCAAAAUAUGACAUCUCUGUUAAAAAGUAUUUGAAAUCUCUCUACUAAAAAUAAUUUGACACCCUUGCUUCUUGAUUUCUCUCCGCAUCCAGUUCUUGACAUUUUUUUAUCCUGUGGCAAAUAUUUUUAAGCCCCUGUUCAUGUAGGUCUCAAAAUAAUUGUCUCCAUGUAGUAAGCCAGAUGUUUUUCUGGAGGUCUCUUAUGUAGACAGUCCUGAGACUGGCUGAGGUCAAUGUUUGAGAGAAGGGGAGUAAAUCCACUGCAUUGUUCUCGUUUAGCAUUUGAGUCUUUGUGGUCCCUUUUCUUCAGGUUUUCCUGCCCUUUGAGAACAAUUUUGUUGCUUUUUUUUCUCUCUCUGAAAGAGGACCAAGAGUGGGAGUCAGAACCUGUAGUUUAAAGAUGAAAAGAAAAUGUUUGUUUCUGGCCAAAGACAAUCCUUAAGGAGAAAAAGUUUCAAAUGAUGAAAUAUCAGGCUGAUAAGUUGCAAGUGGACAGGAGUGCAGCUGUUCAAAGAAGCUUCCCAGGAGCAGUAAUCCCAUCAUAACUGCUGGAAGAGGCUGUGCAGCGACAGUAAUGGACCUGACAUUAGUAGAGACCUUUUGUUUAAAUGUCCCAGAUAGUUCAUUUCUGGAAUCAUGGAAACCCAGUAAAGGACUUUGCACAAGGGCAGGCUUGUACAAGAGAUUAUUUCAUUCAAGCACUUAAUUCUUCCAUUCAUAAAAUUCUUGUUCAUGUGAGCUAUGCCAGCAAUGCUGAAAAAUCUGCUUAUUUAUAGGUGCUCAGGUGAUUUGUUGAAUUAGGCUUUUUAUUACCUGCAGGAAUGCAAUAAAGAGAAAAAUAUUUUUAAUUGAUCAUGAAAUUAAUUUAAGGAGAUGUCACAUUCAUAGGACAUUGAGAUUAUGCAUUGUGGUUAGCAUAAGUAAUUAGAUGCUUUUCUGGGUGCUGGAAAGGAUAAGGAGAUAUGGAGGGUAAGAUUUUUUUAUUACAAAGAGGUUUAUGCGAAGGAAAGAAUGUAGUUUCUUCAAGAAAAUGACAGUGUUCCUUUACUCAACAUUACUCAAUGUUUCUUUAUGAAAAAUGAAAGAGGUAUUGCACAAGAGUGUACCACAUUAAAAAAUAGCAAAGCUACAAAAGCCUGACUUCUUUCCUAAAACUGAAAUUGCACUAUAGUUUUAAUUAUGCUCAAUCACUGAGGUUGUAACUUGUUCAGAAGCAUCUUUUGGUCUUAACUGCCAAAGAAUUGCAAGCCCUGUUCACAUCAAACUUCCUACUCCAGAUAUGGGAAAAAUCAUGUAUACCAGUGUCUGUACAGUUACAGAAAUGUUAAUGGUUGUGUUGGAAUGUUUUUCUUGAUGCUUUUUUUUUCCUUUUUUAACCUCAGGAAUUUAAGAAUAAAAUUCUUUAUCACUGA